CUGUCCCGCGCCUUUGCAUCGGAGCAGCGGUCCAUCUUGGCUCUAUCGCUGCAGCAGCCAACCCGUCAGUGCUGUUGUGGUAAAUAAUGGCGGCAUCAGGAGGUGGAUUAUCCUGUCCCGCUAAUGUGGUGGGUUUGAAUUUUCAAGCACCGGCUCGGGCUCGUUUUCCGGGCCGACCGUGUCAGGGUCGUAAUAGACUACGGUUGGAGAAACGCAGUAGACGCGGAAGGUUGUGCUCCGACGACGUUGAGCUAGCAGCCGGAGGGCCGAGGCCUGUAAACAUCGGUCUCGCGUUAAGUGAAGAUCCGUCCUUGCUGCGGCUGCUCGGGGUGACGGAGAAGCACACACGGCAGAGAGAUGCAGGAUUCGAAUCCAGCGGCAGUGAGGAGGAGGAAGAGUUUACUGGAUUUGGGGCCUCAACAGUUCGACUAAAGAAAACUGACAGAUCUUCAAACUCAUCAGUCAGCCAGUCAAAGUCCCCUGAGGCUUCAGACACUUCAACAACAAAGCCUCUAAUUGGAAAAAUUAUACCCAAGUCCCCAAAACCACCACUGAUUGGUAAAAUUGUACCGAGGAGUCCUAAAGAAGUCCAGAGUGUUAAGGAGAGCCCAGUAAAAGAGAAGCCAUCCCUAAAGAUGGCCAUUAAGCUUCCCAUCAAGCAAAUAGCUAUUCCUGAUGAAGCCAGACAUAGAAAUGAACAACCCUCAGGUACACAGAACAGCAUGAUAUCAAAUAAUUUUAAUAGAACAAGGGCAGAAAGGGCAAACUUAGGCAGCGUGCAAAGCCAAACAGCGACUACCUCUGCUGUUAUCAAGAAAGAUAAGGUUGUGUGUCCGUUGACAGCACCAAAGAGCAGAGAAAAAGCCUUCAAGAUUAAAGAGCAGGGUGAGGUGUCAGGGGAGGAUGUAGACCAAGCCCACUUGACAAGAUCCAUGAAAGGAAUGAAGGGGUUUCGACCUGGACCAGCUAAACGCACAUCUCAAGCUGUUGCUCUGUCAAUUGCAUCCCUGGACAAACAGCAGAGGAUGAGAAUAGCUGAGGAAAUUGGCACUUCUCCUGAAGCUGGAGCUGAGGCAGGAGCCCAGAGUGGACAGGAGGCAGCAAUGCCUCUUGAGUGCAAGGCAGUAGAUUCUUCUAAGAAAAGAAUAUUCAGAACAUCUAAACGUAAAUCUUUCUUUGGGCACAGGCGAAAGUCGGGUAAAAUUGUUCCAUCUGGUCAAAAAAACCCUCGUAGUCGCAUCAGGCAUGUGUUUUACACCUAUGUGCCAGACUCCAUUCCAGCUACACAGGCACGUGAGAGUAGUGAGUUGCAGCUGCCAGGUCAGAGUAUUACUCCAGCAGGUGAUGAGCCUAGUUCAUGUGCUGGCCAAGUUCAGCAGAGCGCCAACAAUUCUUCACCUUCUGUAACAAGUGGAAGGUCCUCCCGUGUCAUCAAAGCCCCAAAGAGGUUCUUUGAUGAGGAAAUGAUUCCCUUUCCAAAAGGUUCUCUGUCAGCAUGGAUAAAGAAUCAACAGAAAGAAGAGGAAAAGCAGAGUUCAUCGUUUCACGAGAUAAAUUAUGAUGGUAACUCAGUGCACUCAGACAGUGACACAAUAUCUGUGUGUGACAGUCCAUCUUCUGUUACAAAGUUUUCACCAAAGUCGAAUCCAGGCAGUAGCCAUUUAGAGAUCUACAAAAACCUCAAAAAAUUGACUUUGAAACUGGCAGAAAAAAAGAAAGGCCAGGCUGACACUCAGGAGGAUCAGACACCUCAGGACUCCAGAAAGAGACGGCGGUCUAAGCUAAUGAUGGAGGAGAUGGACUCUCCUGGUGUUGUGAGGAAACUAGCUAUCAUGGUGAACACUGAUGAGGGAGCAUCUUCUCAUAUGCCAAAAGCAGAAACAGCUGCAGCAAGCUCUGCAGGAAGCAAGUAUGAAGAAUCCACAGCUGGGCACAGUACAGAGACUUUGGAAGUUGGUAUAACUAGCCAUCGGCUUGGCCUUAGUGGAGCCAAUAAGAGAAUGCUCCACCUAUUGAAAAAGGCUAAAGUGCAGCUCAUCAAAAUUGAUCAGCAAAAGCAGCUCAAGUUAUCACAGUUGGGAUCCACAGAAACACAAGCGCCAGUGAGUGGGGGGAGGAGGAGGAGGAGAGUUGGCAUAUCUCCUAAAGAAGUUCAUCCCCAGGAGCAACCACUUGGUGGUCCAAGGAUAAAGCACGUAUGUCGGGCAGCGGCAGUGGCUCUGGGACAGCCCCGUGCUCUUGUGCCAGAUGACAUUCCCAGGCUCAGUGCCCUGCCACUUCACGAAAGAGAGGGCAUCACACUUUCUCCUGCUGUGGAAGAUGUAGCAGAUGAAGAUGGUGAAGAUGAUGUUGCUGAUCAGGACUGGACAAAUAGGGAGGUCCCUCAGGAAUACAUCCAGAGGAGGAGGAGAAGGAGGAGGAGAGUUGGCCACAGUAUCAACAAAAUAAAGCGAGGUCCUAGGAAGAAGGCCAGCCGCUGCGGAAUCUGCAAAGGUUGUUCUGUAGAGGAUGACUGCGCCAAGUGUGUGAACUGCCUGGAUAAACCGAAGUUUGGUGGGCCGAAUACCAAGCGACAGUGCUGCAUAUACAAAAGAUGUGACCGGAUUGAGAAAGCAAAGCUGAAGCGACUCUUCAAACCACUGAAAUUCCAGGCGAAGUGGUUUUCGGACUCGAUGUCAACUAGUGAAGAUGCGAAUUUUAAGUCUGGAAUAGAGAGACAGAGUCUAUCCAAUGUGAUGCUGGGAGAAAGGAAACAUUCUCUGCGGAACAUUGCUCCACGAUCCUACAGCAGUUUGCUGAAGUCUGAAUCCGAUGAGGAUGAUGAAGAAGCUCAAUCCACAGUCACACCAGCUGCCGGUGCAUGUAGCAGUCGAAAUUUUAAUCCACAAGAUGGUGGCUUAGUGCUGGAUGACCUUCGCAGUGAGACUCUGAAGUAUCGUCGACCUUUCUUCAAAGGAGCUUUUGCUCGACCCAAAGCUGUCAAGGAACAGGAGAAAACCAAGGAGAUGGAACCCAGAAAAACUUUCCCAGAAAGCAGCUCAUCCAGGAACCCACUGCCGAAGCUGCAGCGGCAGCUACGAAUACACUUAUACCGUCUGCCUGAGUUUAUCCUGCAGUCUGCUGGAUCAUUGUCAUGGCAGAUAUCUCAUUGUCUGAAUCAGUGUACUGCACAGUCACAAACAAAAUUUUCCCAUCCUGCAGCCCAAUCUGUUUCACAUUCAUCACAUUUCAUAAACAAGUCUUCUUCAAAUUCCCAGUUUGUAACCCUGCCAAUUUCACAGUCAUCACAUUCCAAAACACAGUCACCUCCAAAUUCCUGCCAGCCUGUAAUACAGACUGCUCCUCCACUUAAAUCACAGUCCACAUUGCAGUCACCACAAAAAGCUCUGCUUUUAUCCUUGCAACAUUUGCCAACAUCCGUGAUGCAGUCAGCUUUGCAUUUGCAAAAGAGUGUUUCAUCUUCGCCUCAGCAACAUCCUGAGCCCACACUCCACUCAGAUGUCACAGUAAUCCAGCACCCCACACAGCUUUCAUCAAAGUUGUGUUUUCAGGAACAUUCUGAGUCCGAAGUACAGCGCCUAGAUGAAUUCGAUGAGGCAAAUAAAGUUGACAGAGAUAAAAGAGCACACAGUCCUGUGCAAGUGCUGCCCCAGACUGUUGAUCCAGACACAGAGAUGCAAACAUGUGCACAAGAAAAACAAGAGGACAAACGAGGAAGUCAACCUGAAGAAGAGGAGGAUGCUUCUGUAAAAGAGAGAGUGCUCCGAAACGGUGAGAGAACUGAUGCACACUUUGUCCUUCAUUCCCAGAAUCCUGCAGACUAUGCUUCAAUGAACACCCUGGUGGGGUUAACUAACGGAUUUCCCCAAAAAGGCGUGUUGCAGAGCAAACACAAGAUUCGUGUGGACUUCAAGGAGGACUGUGCUGUCCAGAAUGUGUGGCUCAUGGGUGGCCUUAGUGUCCUCUCAUCCGUCCCUACAACUCCCCAACCUGUCUGCCUGCUUUGCUCUAGUAAAGGACAACAUGAGAUGAUAUACUGCCAGAUCUGCUGUGAGCCUUUCCAUAGUUUCUGCCUCUCUCCUGAGGAAUGUCCCCAGGAGGAGAACAAGGAAAACUGGUGCUGCAGACGUUGCAAAUUCUGCCACGUAUGCGGCCGUAAAAGCAGGACCACAAAGCCUGUAUUGCAGUGCAGGAGAUGCCAGAACUCUUACCAUCCUUCCUGCUUGGGACCAACAUACCCUAAGCCUAUGACCUGCAACAUUCCCUGGGUGUGCAUGACAUGCAUUCGGUGUAGAAGUUGUGGAGUGACACCGGGAAAGACCUGGGACUUAGCCUGGAAUCAUGAAGAUGAUCUUUGUCCUGACUGCACUUCCCUCUACAAAAAUGGUAACUUCUGCACCAUCUGCCACAAAUGCUAUGAAAACACCAGUCAGCACACCCAAAUGGUUCAGUGUUCAGAAUGUCACCACUUGGUUCAUUCUACAUGUGAAGGACUCUCACAGGAGCUGUUUUCGCUGCUGUCCAGUCACCCAGAAGGAGUGGUGUUUACCUGUUCCCCCUGCAGCCAGCAUCAGCCUGCCCAUGGUGCUUGGAAGAAGGCAUUGGAAAGCAUGCUGAUUGCCAGGCUGGAAGAGGUCCAUAAUGAGUUGAUGUCCUCCAGUGUCACUCAACACCUCGUCAUUUGUAAAAGAUGUCAGGAAGUGAGCAACACAGAACCAGUUGGUGAGCAACCCAUCUGUGAUCUGCAGUCAUUGCACAAGAAAUUCAAAGAGUGCUGUUACACCUCAGUGAGUGCUUUCCAUGCAGAUGUUGUUGCCUUGAUGAAGAAGUGGCUGAAGGAAGAGGAAUUUCUUCCUCAGGAUCAACAGCUGACCUCUCAGGCCAUAGAACACUAUGACAAAUUAAUGAAGCAGGUUUUCUCUUGGCUUCCUGGACAUUAUCUGAGAAACUUGAACUCAUUCUCUGAGGAAUUCCCAAGUGGCAUGCUUCCUGGGGCAGUCCUCCCACCAUCUCAGGAGCACAGUUAUGCACAGUGGCUGGAGAGAACGUACCAUCUUGCCACAAUCAGCGGCCCACCGGGGGGGAAUGCCAAAUCUCAGUUGUCUUCAGGCACUACAUACCUGUCUGGUGCAAGACCGGAUCAGUCUGUGCUUCCACAUGGUGCAGUGACCUCUGUGGAAUCUACCACAGAGAAAGAUGCGAGGCAGUGUGCAUUGUGUCAGCAUUAUGGAGACUCUGCUCCUAAUGAUGAAGGACGGUUGUUAUACUUGGGACAGAAUGACUGGGCUCAUGUUAACUGCUGUAUUUGGUCUGCGGAGGUCUAUGAGGAAAAUGCUGCUCUUUUGCAAGUCCACAGUGCUGUCUCAAGGGGGCGCCACCUGCGCUGUGAUCACUGUGACCAGAUAGGAGCUACUGUGGGCUGUUGUCUUGUUACUUGUCAGAGUAAUUUUCACUUCAUGUGUGCUCGAUCCCAGAAGUGUGUUUUCCAGCAGGAUAAGAAGAUGUACUGCUAUGAUCACAGGGACCUUGCGAGUGAGGAGAUAGUGUCUGGGAAUGGUUUUGAAGUUCAUCGGAGAACAUAUGUCGACUUUGAGGGCAUCACAUUAAGAAGAAAAUUCCUCACAGGCAUUGAGCCAGAGUCCAUAAACAUGACCAUUGGCUCGCUGCAGAUUCAAAAACUUGGUGCAUUGUCAGAGCUGUCGUCCGUUGGGAGGCUGCUAUAUCCUGUUGGAUAUCAAUGUUCUCGACUAUACUGGAGCACAGUGGACCCCCGUAAGCGCUGCAAGUACACCUGUAAGGUGAUGGAGGUCUGCACACCCCUGCCUGGUGAGGAUCGUGAGCCAAAAUGGGACAAAGAAAAGAACCAUACCAUUGUUCACAGUCCAAACCUUUGCAGAGAAAUUGAGUCCCCAGAACAUUUAAGCAUCUCAUCCAGUUCAAUAAAAUCGACCACACCAUCACCCAACUCGGAUCAGCACAUUGCAUCUGCAGCCAAAAGCCCAAGUUACUCACAAAUCCGAAGACCAGCCGGAGGAUCAUCAAACCUCUCCCCUCUCCAGGUAAAUAAAAUUUUAAGGGAAAACCAGGUCACCUGGUCUGCACCUGCAAAAUCGCAUCACAUCCUGACUUUGAGGGACCUGGACGACACUCGUCGGCCUCGCAGGCUAUCGUCAAGGAGUUGCUGUAGUUCCUCACCAACAAAUGGUGACCUGUCUACUCCGCUGACCCGCCGCUCUGUCCAUUGCAGAGCUAACUUGUUCAGUUCUCCCCCAAGGUCAUCAAACUUUGCAUCAACCUCACCACCUCUCUCACAGCAAAACUCAACAUCACCCGUCUUGGGCUCCCCACUGAGAUACAACAUGUCCACAGGGCUGUCGCCUCGGCAAGGGUCACUCACUCGCUCUCCGAGAGGGAGGCACAUAUUUAAAAUCACCACUCCAGUGUCUGCUGAGGUUCCCAAUGACUUUUUGGCAUCAUCUGAGGCAGAAGAUGUAGCUGUUGCCACAUCUAAUGGCAUCUCGCUAGCCCCUGAAAGCUUAGAGGAGGAGGUGGCCCACCUGAUGGCCCAGGAGCUUCCCUAUACUGUGUUUGACUCUGAUACAGAUGGAGCAGUAGCCUCUGUACUGAAUGCUAAGCUUGACUUUGAUGAGGCUUUGCUCAAUGAGAAUGUGGCACUUCACUGUGGCACACAGGGAGGGAGGGGGGAAGUGACAGUAGACGCUGCGCAGGAACAGAAUGACUCUCGAGAAGAAUCCAGCCAUUAUAUAAAGUUUACCCGUACGGUCGUCUGUGACUUAGCCAGUGGCUCAGACUCUUCAGGUGUCCCUCAGGCAUCUUCAGCACAUUCAGUCUCGCAGUUGGAUGGGGCAGACGGUGGGUCAGAGAGCGAUGAAAGUGAGUCGUCAGAUGAUAAUGAUAGCGAUGACUGUUACGACCAGGACGGUGGAGGACAAAAUAAAACCAAUAAACUUUUCAGCAACAACAGUACCACUACUAAAAAGCUAACAGUUAGACUAAAGAGAUUGGAAUCUAUGUACACAGAACAAGGAAAAGUUGCAUUUUCUGAACCAGAGCCUCAGGAAAAUUCUUCAACAUCUGCAGUUGUUGGAGCAUUUGAGUCAAACACAGAUAUAUCUGUCCAGGAGGAGCUGCUGAAUUAUGAGACUGCCUCUCAAAAUGAGGUGAUUUUGGAUUCAAGUACCGGCUUUUUUAUUCCAGCUUCUGGUAAAACUAUGUUGUGCCCAAAUCACGAUGUAAGUGAUUACGAUGACAGUUCAUCUGCAACUGACUCCGUGGAAGGAUACAUAGAUGAUUUAAAUGACCCAGACUACUCUCCAGAGUCAAAAAACAAAAGAGCUCCAGCACCAUUACAUACUACUAUGGAAAAGUCAAAACAUCUUGUCUCAAAUGUGCAAUGCAAAUUGCCGAAACCACUUCUGCCACAGGAGAGCAAACCCCCCCAAUUUGUAUUAAAGGUUCCUGCUCAGCCUGUACGGGCUGUAAAUAGUGCACCCAUUUCCACUGUUACUAGUUUUCAAGGAAUUCCACGGACGAUCUCAUCCCCAGCUGUGAUCAAUGGCUUAAACUUAUUUAUGCCUGGUAUAACAGCAGAUAGUACUAUUAACGUUGACACGAGCAACUCUAAGCCAGGUGGCCAGCAGCAAAUUGUAAGUACCACUGAACAGGCUGCCUCUAAUCCUACACCCUCCCCAUCUCCAACCCCACAGAUCCUGAUUGUCAACCGCCAAGGUCAUGUUCUGGUAAAAGACCCAAGAUCCAACACUUAUCAGUCAGUUGGAACAAAUUCACCUCCCUACAACAAAAUAAGCCACAUUGCCAAGAUUCUUCACAGCAGUGGCACCUUAGAGGGUUCUGUCCCUCAUAUAAUAAUAAAGUCUCCUCUCAGCUCUUCUGCCACAAAUGUCACUCAAGGCAGCAACCACACAACGCCAUCUCAGAAGAGAGUCAUUGUCAGGGUGGUGCCUGUGAAAAGAGUGCUUCAAGCUCCCAUCUGUGUAGAGAACAUUUCUGAGGCAGUCUUGUCACACAGUGACAACAGCACAGCUCAAGACAUUAUUGACAGAGCCAUGGCUACUCAUCGUGAAAUAAGAAACAUACAACCAACUAUCCUGGAGAAUGCUCAACAGCCAGAGGUUAAAAAUGGCGACGCCUCAAAUUUUCAGUUCACAGGGCAUCUUGAUGAAUCAUCAGCUCUGUCUGAAUCAACACCUGCAUUGUCUGAGUUUCCAAGUAGUGUCCAAAAUGAACCAGAUACUUCUAACUCAAGUCGCUCCCAGGUGCGUGUCAAGAGAGUCUCAUCAGUCUCUGAGAGGCCUUGCAGAAAGAGAGCAAAGAUAAAGGUGUUGACGGAGUCAUCAGCUGAACCGGGAGAUAAUGAUGUCAGGCUAAGUGGAGUGAGAAUGAAGGCUCCAUCAGUGAAGGAGAUUCUUGAUCUUGACCAGGAGAAGAUUGUUGAGAAGUUGAAAACAGUUACUCCACAACCUGCUUCACCAACCAGGUCUUCUGAGGUUGAAUGUCCACCUGCCAAGCAGAGCAAAACUGACAACGGUGAUCAUAAAUUGUACACCUGGAUCAGUGCGCGCUCUGGUGAUCUCUCUGCCUGGCACCCUUAUUUAGGUGUAAGCUCAGAAGAAGAUACGUCUGCACCUAAAUACAACAACAGGACCUGUGUGAACCAGCCUCACUUGCGUUUUGAAAUCACCAGUGACGACGGCUUUAGUGUUAAGGCCAACAGCAUAGAAGUUGCAUGGCGUGCAGUCAUUGACAGCGUUCUUGAAGCCCGAGCAGCUUUUCACCUGAAGCAGCUACCACUCGCAGGGAUGAGCGGCUCUCGGAUGCUUGGCGUUGUGCACGAUGCAGUUAUUUUCCUGUUGGAGCAACUGCAAGGUGCUGCAAACUGCAAGAAACAUCGUUUUCGCUUCCACCGCUGUGAGGACAUUGAGGAAGAACUACCGCUUAAUCCAACUGGCUGUGCCCGAGCUGAAAUCUACACACGGAAGGCAACUUUUGAUAUGUUCAACUUCCUGGCAUCACAGCACAGACAGCUUCCUGACAUAACAGGCCCCUAUGAUGAAGAGGAGGAUGACUUCCCACUGAAAUCUUCCAGGCGAGCCACCAAUAGUGAGCUUCCCAUGGCGAUGAGAUUCAGACACCUGGAGAAAGCCUCCAAAGAAGCAGUCGGCGUUUACAGAUCACAAAUUCAUGGGCGUGGGCUUUUUUGCAAGAGGAACAUUGAGGCUGGAGAGAUGGUGAUCGAGUACGCCGGCACCGUCAUUCGCUCUGUUCUGACUGACAAGAGGGAAAAAUAUUAUGACAGCAAGGGAAUUGGCUGCUACAUGUUCCGCAUCGACGAUUUUGAUGUGGUGGACGCGACGAUGCAAGGCAACGCAGCGCGUUUCAUAAACCACUCAUGUGAACCGAACUGCUACUCCCGCGUCAUUAAUGUGGACGGCCGCAAGCACAUCGUGAUCUUUGCCUUGAGGAAGAUCUACAGGGGCGAGGAGCUAACCUACGACUACAAGUUCCCCAUUGAAGAUGAGAGCAACAAGCUACAUUGCAAUUGUGGGGCAAGACGCUGCCGUCACUACCUGAAUUAGUACAAACAAUACCAAUGACAGCGCCACAAGCAAUUACAUUGGAUAUACUUGGAUUCAGGAGACAGGUUAAGUCAAAAAGGGAUGGUUACGAUGGCUGUAAGAAUGAAGAAAUUGGUGCACACAUUCCUGAUGCAAUGACGGUCUCCACUAAAGCCUAGUCAGGGAUGCACAUGUUCAGUCAUUUAACAGCCACUGUAACCAGAUGAGAGCCAUAAGUUAAAUGAGAUUUCAUUGUUUGCACUGUUGGCUUGUUUGUGUGUUACGCAUUAUCGUUUGUAGAAUAAAACAGUAUUUUUGGAGAUACUACUUUGCUAUUUAGUACACAGCACAUUUUAAUUUUUACUUUUUGGAGUUGUAAUCGGCCUCUGCUGGAUUUGGGGCUACGCAACUACCAGAAAGUGAUUAUUAGCAUGUGCAAAGGGUGCAAGCUGGCAGACCUUGAUUGCUGUUUGGUCUGGUUGCUCUAAUUUGGGAUUCAUGCUUCUACAAGUGACAGGUGUGCAUUUUGUUGUGCACAAGAUCACAGAGAAGGAAACUUCAUAUAGCACCUUAUUUUUCUAGUCUUUGCUCAUGUUGGUAUGAAUGCAGACUGACCUUUAUUUAAAUACAAAACACCACCACCAAUCCUGCGAGAAGUGAUGCAAAUAUGUUCCUGUUAGUUUGAUGAAGGUGCUCUUCACACACACACACACAUAUUUAUCCACCCGUAAGUAGUUUUUUAUAUGGCCACCCAAACUUCUUUUUGGUUCAUCCCUUUACUCCAUCUGUUGAAAGUUCCUGUUUUUAUUUGUAACAGAGAAGCUGUGAUCAUUAUGCAUUUUAUCCUGUUAUUGAAGUAUGUUAUUCAUGUGUUCAUUUGUGCUGAUUGUGUAUUUUAUGGUUUUUGAGGGAGAGUUCAUUGGUGCAGGGUACAUAAUGAAUAUAGUGAUGGUGCUCUGCACUAAACUCUUUUUGUAUAUUUGAACAAUAAAUGUAUAUUCAUUCAACAUGCUUACCGAAAUAAAUGUUCAAGCUUUUAAUUUCUUUUUGUUGAAGACUGACUCAAACUUGAGCUGCUCCAAGUAUUAAUCUUUUUUUGUUUUUGUUUUUGUGCACACUACUGAUCUGACCCCACCCCUAGGAUUUCUACUACAAACUAACGUCCUUUUCAUUUAGUUAUGCAACACAAGUUGUGAAAGUGCACAGCUGUAGUUUUUGAUGGUCCAUUUAAAAUAUCUGCAAUUAUUCUG